GCAGCCACCUCCCCUCUGGGCCCCGCCCCCCGCCGUCCCACAGUGCCCCGCGGCCGGAAGUGGUGCGCGGUGCGGCGGAGACGUGGCCAGCGGCGGGAGCGGGCGGCGGCGCGAUGAUCACGGACGUGCAGCUCGCCAUCUUCGCCAACAUGCUGGGCGUGUCGCUGUUCCUGCUGGUCGUGCUGUACCACUACGUGGCCGUCAACAACCCCAAGCGCCACGACUGAGCCCGGACCGCCCUGAGCUGAGCUGACCGACGCGCGCCAUGCCGGCCGUGGAGGCGCCCCGUGCCCGCCCGCCGUGCCGCGUGGCACCGCGCACCGUGCUUGGUCCCGACGGGCGUUAACAGGAACACGAUACGAGACAAAA